AUGGAGACCUCUCAUGAUUGGGACAGACAGCCCGUCGUGAUUUGCUCUUGUGAGAAAAUUAAAAAUGCACGUUUUUGUAACUUAGUGCGCUUUAAAUCUAAAAAUAGUUUGGAAUGUUUAAGCCAAUCGCCUACAAGAAGACGCGUGUCCAUCAACACUCACAUAGUGAACGAAGCUCUAAAACCCCCAAAAAUCCAUGUUCUUAAAAAAGAUGAAGGAUAUCCUCUCAUCAGAUCGGAUGCUUUCGAGUCUCUCAUUCGGAACAGCUGGUUGUGUGCACUGCCUCACCAUAAAGGAAUCAGAGGAAGAAUGCAGUGCGGGUUUGGGUAUCUCAAUGAGCUCACUAUCAUCCAAAUUGCUCAGUCGACCUUCAAGGAAGAAGAGCGAAGAAAGGUGGUGGUCGGGUUUGACGGUCGACACAACAGUAGAAGGUCCCGACAUUGCCGGACUGAGAGAUAUGCUCACCUGGUGGUCAAUGUCUUACGAAAUGCAAAUGUGACUGUUUUCCUGUACAGUGAGUGUGUCCCCACUCCUCUCGUGGCUUUCGGGGUACGGCACUUGAAAUGUUGUUGUGGUGUGAUGAUCACUGCCUCACACAACCCCAAACAAGACAACGGCUUCAAGUUAUAUUGGGAAUACGGGGCACAGGAGACAUUGACGGGUUUCAAAUGGAUAGGCAACACCUGCAAUGAACUGAACAGACAAAACAACUCAGUUCUGUUUGCUUAUGAGGAAGCCAUUGGAUAUAUGUGCAACCCCUACAUUCCGGAUAAGGACGGAAUCAGUGCAGCAGUCCUCAUCGCCCAAUUGACCGGAUACCUCACAGCUCACCAGAAGAAUCCAUUCCUGAGUACUCUCCUCGAACGUCUCUACAGGAAAUAUGGGAGACACCUCACCCGCAAUUCCUACUUUGUGUCCCCCUCCCCUCAAACUACCCUCCGAGUAUUUGACCGUCUCCGCAAUUAUGAUGGGCCUUACCCCACUUUUUGUGGUGAAUUCCAAGUCAAGAAUGUGCGUGACCUCACCACUGGGUUCGACAAUUCAUAUCCCGACCGUAAAGCUGUAAAUUGUAGUGCACCAUCAUAGCGUAUUCCCAAAAGUUCAUCGCAAAUGAUAACAUUCUAUUUCGACCACUCGCUGACUGCCACUCUUCGAGCGAGUGGGACGGAGCCUAAAAUCAAGUUUUAUAUUGAGAUUAUUGGCCCACCUUCACAAAAGUAGUCCCCUCUGACGAUUUUAGAAAUGCAAGUGAGAGUGAAGAGGCCAAUUUCCGUAGACUCCUCGAUAAGUUUGUAGACGUGUUUAUUGCCCAAUUUAUUGACCCUUCCCGACACGGAUUGAUCGAACG